AUGUGGGAGCAGGUGUUGGAGUUGACCCCCGAGUACGAUCCCAAGAUAUUGCGACGCUAUGCUCCGGCCAGUAAGGAGGUGUAUGGUGAAGUCAAUCCGGUGCUGGUCAGCGACUUCAUCAAGGCUCUUAAACUGUCGAGCCAAGAUGUGCUCUACGAUCUCGGCAGUGGCGUGGGGAAUGUAGCGGCACAGACCGGCUGUGUGGCCGUUGGCGUCGAGAUUCGCAGCGAGCUCACUUCGAUUGGCCAAGCCCUGCUCAAAAACUAUCAGACUCUGUUGCGAAGAACCCACCUCUUGCGAGGAGAAGUGCAACUCGUGUGUGGGGACAUUCUAAGCCCCGAGGUGGACCUCAGCAAGGCGACGGUCGUCUUCUUGAACAACUACUGCUUUCCACAGCACCUGGAGCAAAGCGUGCUCAAGAAAUUCAAGGCGGGCCUCAAGAACGGAGUUCGAAUCAUCACGCUCAAGGACUUUGCACCUCGAUUCCGGCCUACAAGCACUCGCUUUGUGAAGAGCUAUUGCCACCUCUUCAAGUUUCCCUGGCUCAAGUGCGCCAAUCUCCUCGCUUCCCUCGAACUGCCUUUGUCUAUGCCUAGCCUGACCCUUCGACUUCGCUACGGCCUCUACUUCAGGUGUCGCUCUUCGCCCGAUGCAGUAUCCUGGACGGACAAGAGCGUGGAGUACUUUAUUUAUCAAGUCGAUCGCAACAACCUCGCACGGCAGAAGGCGUUCAAAGAGGCAGCCAAGAAGGGGCUCCGGCUCAGCGACAACCUGGUGUGCUCGCUUAAGGACGGUGAGAUCGUCGUUGAGGCGGCGGUGCCUCCUCCGGCUGCUAAGGGCAAAGGGAACGAAAGCGAAGAGAACAGUGACGUCGAAAUAGGCGCUCUCAUGCAGGCCGAGUUCCGAGGUGAUUCGGCCAAGCACCUCCUUCACGUGCUGCGCGGGGGACACGCGCUCACCCAGAUGCUCAAGUCCCUCGGCUGCGACACCGCCAAGUUGGAGGCGAGCAACCAGCGAGCAGGAGAAAAACUGAAGGAGGCAGAACUGAACGGCGAUUUGGACAGGGCCGAUGGUGCUCGACCGAGAAAAGCCGCAAGAAAAGGCCAACACUCAAGGUCCUCCGCGGCCAGUUCGGCGUCGUCUUCGACUUCACCGGCGGUGGUGCUCGUCGCUACCGACGACAGCUUUGAAGAGCUCAUGGAGCGGUUUACAACGUGGCAAGCGGAGACCCGGAAGAAGGACGGCAAGCGCGGUCGAAAGGCCAAGCGAUCCAAGCCCGAAGACCAACGCGAAACGCCCGUCACCCUGGCCGCACUCAACGACGAACUGAAGAGGUGGGAGAAGGAGGUGAAGCUGUCCAAGAAGCGCUCCACCCCGCACAACGUGUCGACAUCGGGAGGCAGCGAGUGGAAGGCUCUCGCCGCCGACUAUGCCAAGUGGAAGCGACAACACGACACCCGCCAACACUCCAGCAGUCCCUCGUUGGCGCCUGAUGACCCGAAGACGGAAGAGGCGGCAGCGGUGGCCGAGCCAUCGAAGAGUUCCAGUCUCUGGGACCAAGCGCCACCGACCACCGGCUCUACUCCCGUUAUGGAGUACAGUCUGCCUCCGGGGUGGGUCCGAAAGAUCAGGUGCGAGCCCGGCGGCCGGCGGCGGUACAAGUUCAUCUCUCCCACGGGCAGAGUGUUCGUGUCCUUGAAGAGCGCGCGCGAGCACAUCGAUGAGGAACGGAUAAGCCGCAAGCGCUCCGAGGACACUUCCGACUCGUCUCCCGCCACUACGCCGCCGACGCCGCGGAGAUACGCGAAGCGUCGAUCGGAGGAACUGCGUCAACUCGCUACCGCGCCCAACAAGAAGCAACGAGAAACGAAGGAAGAGAAGGAGGAGGAGGAAAAAGAAGAGAAGCACGACGACGACAACGGUGACAAAGAUGAAGACGGCGCAACCAGCAAAGACGGUAACAGCAGCAUGGAAGCCAAGGCGAACGAGGAGGUCGAGGCAGGGGAGAGGAGGCAGGGACACUACACGCCCAACAACGCGAAUGACCAGCUGCCGGAAGGGUGGCGCCGGCGCAAGCGGGGCCGGUACUGGACGUACACGAGCCCGGACGGGACCCUGUACCGAUCGCGCAAGCAGGCGCUUCUCGCCGUUAAUAGUCAGUCGGGCGUUCAGAUCGACAGCGAAGAGCAGCAGCAGCGAGAAGAGAGCGAGAAGAAGGGCGAAGAAGACGAGAACAAGGAGGUGGGGCAAGCAGCUCCGGACGAGGGAUGUGUACAGACGACGACGAAGAGGAGGCUGGCGCGACGAUCGGCGCCUGCCGCGCUCGAGAGAAAGCGGAAGCAGGACAUGCAGCGCGAGGUGGAGGCCAAGGAGGCGCAGGAAGAGCGCAGCAGGGAGGCGUCGGACACACGGGAGGAUCGCUGCGAUCGCGCCAACAUCCGACGUCGGGUGAGCAAUCCUGGACGAGGGUCCUCAUCAUCAUCAUCAUCAUCACGAGAAACGGACAAGAAUGUAAUCAACAUCAGCGACGGAGAGGAAGAGAAAGAGGAAGAGGAAGAGAAAGAGAAAGAGGAAGAGGAAGAAAAGAAAGAGGCGGAGGAAGAGAAGCGGCCGCAGAAGAAGUCGAGGCGUCAGAGGGAGCUGGAUCGCCUGCGCGGGUGGGAUCAGUGGCGCGAGGACGAGCAGAAGCGAAAGGAGGAACUCCAGCGCAGGAUACGCGAGCGGCGCUCUUCUUCCUCCACCCGCUCCGGCGAUGACAACUGA